UCCGUAUGCCGUUCUCCCGUAGUUGUCUAUCAGCCACGUUGCUGCGUCUGCAGUCUACACCUGUUGCCUCAAUUGCUGUAAACAGCCGUUGUCUGGUUCGCGUUUCUUCUGACAGCGUCAGCAACCAAGGAAUGCGGGCGCUGGACAAAGAGGCUCUGGCAAUGCCCACUUUUGGCCCGUCUCAGCUGCUCCGUGAUGGACCCAGAUCAGCCACACCAUCUCCCAAUCAGUCGAGUCUGGGGCAUUCCCAAUCUCCCACCGCCCCGGCUAGUAGCACCAGUUGGAGGCGACUGAAACCAGAUGGGGAUGGUGCGAAUUGCCCAGGAUUGCAGUCUCGUGUUUGGCUUUUCACGGACACACUGUGAAACUCUAUCGCAGGCAGAGUUUGCUGAAUUCUUGAAUGCAGCACAAUGACAAUCAAACAUUGAGUCAGUCGUUUGUCCUGCCUGUAUUCAUGUCGCUCAUCUUGCGAACUGAUCAAUUCGUGGUCUCAAUUCUUCAAAAAAAAAAAACAGCGACCUGUUC